GCUCCUCGACAUCAGCCCUUGGUCCAGUUGUAUCAUUAUUCCUAUCAGUCGUUUGCCCUCUACCAGAUCGCCCCGUUGCCGAUACCUACAGCUACCUCGCCGCCGCGCAAGCUCAGGCCCUGCCGCCACGUACCGACCGGCCAUCGGUGUCACCUCCAGAGCCCUCAAGUUAUUUAUCAUCCCCCGGAACUGUUGGACCAGAGCUGCUGCGGUUCUCCGACCCUUCUUCUACUGGUCCAUCACGACACCACCACCGUCCUAAUUGAUACCCUGAUAGCCUCCAUCGUCACAUCCAAGCCAAUCCAGCCGAUUCGAUAAGCGUUCAGCACAUACAUAUUCCACAUGCAAGGCACUUCUGGCCACCGCUCUCGCGGUUCUGAGGAGUACGGGGUUUACGAUGAUGCAAAGACGUACUAUGCGUCCGAGGAGCGGCACAGCAACCGUUAUGGAGUCCGAACUCGAACCUACUCGCAGAACAGCUUGGUGAAGCAGCUGGAGCGGAUGGGGGCACAAGAGCCGUUCAGGCGUGGAAGCCACGAUGAGAGCACCAUGGAGACGGGUCGCCGAUUCCUCGUUCAAGUUGAUGCCACGUUGGAAAUCCUAAAGAACCAGGAGGACACUGAUGGAAAUAUGCAAAUCACGAUUGAGGAUAAUGGCCCCAAAGUCAUUUCCCUGAGAACAGCUGCCUCAGCUGGCCACAAUCGAUUCGAAGUUCGAGGAACGUACAUGCUGUCGAAUCUCCUACAGGAGUUGACAUUGGCCAAGGAGUAUGGACGCAAGCAAAUCAUCCUCGAUGAAGGCCGCUUGAACGAGAACCCUGUUGAUCGUUUGUCCCGUCUGAUCCGAGACCAUUUCUGGGAUGGUCUUACCAGGCGCAUAGACGCAUCUAGUAUCGAGAUUGCUGCUCGUGACCCUAAGGACUGGACAGACGACCCUCGCCCGAGAAUCUAUGUUCCCAUUGGAGCACCUGAGCAGUACGAGUACUAUCAAAAGGUUGCUGCUGACAGGCCAGAGCUCCGACUUGACGUUCAGCAGCUGCCAGAAAAGAUCACGCCGGAAUUGAUUCGUGACAUGAACGACAAGCCGGGUCUGCUGGCUGUGGCUGUGGAGAAGGUGGAAGAGGAAGAUGAACUAGGUAACAAGACGACAAGCUUAAAGGGGCUUCCCUUUGUCGUCCCUGGUGGCCGCUUCAACGAACUCUAUGGCUGGGAUAGCUACAUGGAGUCUCUCGGCUUGUUGAUCCAUGAAAGGGUCGACCUAGCCAAGGCUAUGGUGCUCAACUUUUGCUUCUGCAUCGAGCACUAUGGCAAGAUUCUCAAUGCCACUCGAUCCUACUAUCUUGGCCGAUCUCAGCCUCCUUUCCUGACGGACAUGGCUCUUCGAGUAUACGAGAAGAUCAAGCAUGAGCCGGAUUCCAAGGAGUUUUUGAGACGAGCCAUCCUCGCAGCCAUCAAAGAGUAUCACAGUGUCUGGACCAGCGAGCCUCGAUUGGAUCCGGUAACUGGCCUCUCAAGGUACCGACCAGAGGGUCUAGGAGUGCCUCCCGAAACGGAGGCCACCCACUUCGUCCACAUCUUGAAGCCUUACAUUGAGAAGCACAAGAUGGAGUUCCAGGACUUUGUUCGAGCUUACAACUACGGUGAGAUCAAAGAGCCUGAGCUUGACGAGUACUUUUUGCAUGACCGUGCCGUCCGCGAAUCUGGCCAUGAUACAUCAUACCGCCUGGAGGGCGUCUGUGCUGAUCUCGCCACUAUCGACCUAAACUCUCUAUUGUUCAAGUACGAGACAGAUAUCGGACGGACCAUUCGAAGCCUAUUUGGCGAUAAGUUGGUCAUUCCAGCCGAGUUCUGCCAGGGAACGCCAUACCAGCCCGGCGAGGCAGUGUCUUCAGCAGUGUGGGACCGACGUGCCAAGCGCAGAAAGUUAACAAUGGACAAGCUGAUGUGGAACGAAGAGGAGGGCAUGUUCUUUGACUACGACACAGCCAAGAGACAGAGGUGCACGUAUGAGACUGCCACUACUUUGUGGGCGCUCUGGGCUGGAAUUGCAACGCCCAAACAGGCAGCCGAUUUGGUGAAGAAGGGCUUGCCUAGGUUCGAGAUGUUUGGUGGUGUAGUGGCUGGAACGGAGAAGUCUCGGGGCGAGAUUGGAUUGGAACGCCCCAACCGGCAGUGGGAUUACCCAUACGGCUGGGCCCCGCAGCAGAUGCUGGCCUGGACUGGCCUGCUUCGGUACAGCUUCACCGAAGAAGCUGAGCGCCUCGCCUAUAAAUGGUUAUUCAUGAUCACCAAGGCGUUUGUCGACUUCAACGGAGUGGUGGUUGAAAAGUACGAUGUCACGCGUCCGGUUGACCCUCAUCGUGUUGAUGCCGAGUAUGGAAACCAAGGCCUAGACUUUAAGGGCGUUGCGAAGGAAGGGUUCGGAUGGGUCAAUGCCAGUUAUGUGUACGGACUCCAGAUUGUGAAUGCGCAUAUGCGACGAGCACUGGGAACGUUGACUCCGUACGAAACGUUUAUCAAGGCGAUUGAGCUGAACAACGAACGAGCCCUGGCCAACCUGACUCUGACGUGACAUCCUGGACUGCGGAGGCCAAUACCGAAGCGGUGGUUGUCCCGAGACGACACGAUGCGCGGCUACAAGAAUGCCACCCAUGCGCCGCCAAGGCUGAAAAGGGAAUAUGAAGUAAUCGGGCUUGCGGAGACAGAUACGCUGACUUAGAAAACAUCGUGAGAGCUGUCCUGGCAGCCUAUGGGUCAAUUGGAACACAUAAGAAGUAAAACAGAAAGCAAGCAAUAAAAUGACGUUGUUUG